GCUGACCAACAUGAGCAACUAAUGCUCAAGUUAUUUCCAUGGCUUCUGGAAAGAAAAAGAAGAAUUAUGAUAUUCAAAACAGAUGGGAGAUACAGCUGAUUUCUUAGGACGAUGACCUUUGACAUUCCAAGUCCACUCAUAUUUACUUUGUAGUCCAGGGGGUCGUCAAGUGUCUCACGUUCUCCGUUUCUUUCUUUUCCCGCCGUGGUUUUUGCGCUAGUUCUGCAUGGAGUAAUGUACCAUGAGGAAGAGGAGAAGAAGAGGAUCCCACAGGCAUUGCCAUAAGGGAAUCGCGGGCAGAACGGCAGAGAUCGGGGAUAAUUUGUCUGAGUGACAGAUGCAAAUCACAGGAAAUCGCCAUGAUCAUCGUUCCUGUCAGACACUGAGUGUAAACGUCACUCCCUCCCCCAGGCUAAAAGAUAUUGCAGUACCUGAUUCAGUUUGAGGCAGUCUGUAUCUCCUGUGAUUUGAUGCUGCAGUAACAGUGCAGUAAACAGCUGACAAGAAGAGCAUGGGAUCAGGGUCAAGUUCACCCCAACCUGUGGCCAGACCCCAGGCACAGGUCCUCCCCUCCCCCCAGGGUCAGCCUGGACAACAGAGACGGGGAAACUUUGAGGAGGUGCAGCUACAGUAUGGUCAGUCUCAGGCUACUCCCACACAUGGACACCAGGGUUAUGGUCCAACACAUGGACACCAGGGCCAUGGUCAGCCUAGACCACAAGCACAAGGUGCUUACGGACAUCCGAAUCACAUUCAGGGCUAUGGGAAUCAGGCACAGCAAUAUGGGAAAAGCAAUGGAUAUGUACACCCUGAGUAUGGAGCGAGCACAUCAUCAGGGUACGGUGGACAUGCAGCACACCAACAGAAACACAGGGAUGACUUUGAUGAUGACCUGGAUGACUGGAUUGAACAGAAAAAUAACCAGACACCAUCACACCAGGCAGCUACCCAGCAGUCUUCUGCGGCAUCUGAGGAGGACAUGAUCCUAGAAACCUUCCACCACAACGAUGGGACAGAGUACACAGUCUUACGCCAGAGUGGCCACAGAGCAUAUCUGGACUGGCAAACACAAGAAUGGGUGCAGUUCCCUAAUGAGUGGUUGGGACAGGGACAUUUUGGAGAACAGGAUACUCUUUUCACAGAACAGGUGCAGCUCCAGACCACCAGUGAUACCAAUGGCCCCAGUACAUCUGGUACGACCAGUGGUUACGUCACUGAGGAGACUGCCUCCUCCACUCCUGAUGAUGACAGGGACGGGUACUUCGACCACCCGCUCAAAGGGAGAACUGUCAUCACCUACAUGUUUGAGGAAAAGAGAAAUGUGUACUGCUACAUGGAUGAUGAGACAGGCUACUGGAUCAACAUGCCCCUGAUGUGGGAAUUACAUAAUGAUUACAUCAGGAGACAGGUGCAUGAAAUACAGGAGUCUAUCCCUACUUGGACAGAUGAAAUUGACAUCCUGGCCAGUUUGAGACAGUGUAACUACAAUACUGAGCAGACAGUGGCCAACUAUCUUUGUCUUGGAGAUCCCAAUUUAGGUGCCAAACGCUGGGGAGGAGGCAGAGAAGGCCAGCAGCAGCUACAGGAGAAGGACAGACAGAUCCAUGCUCUACAGGAACAGCUCAAGCAGAAGGAGCGGGAAAAGCAGUCUCUUCUUCAGGAAAGAUUAGCACUGAAAACUGAAGUUGUUGAAAAACUUGAAAAGGUUGCUGAACUGAAUGAGAAGGUGCUGGAUCUGGAGGUAGAGAAUAACGACAUGCACGUGAAGCUGUCAGCAUCACACAUGCAGAUGGAGCGGAUGAAGACGAUGACUCCUUCAUCGUUCGGAAGGCGUCGUCACGGUGAAAUUGAGUCUGGUUUUGACUCCCAGAGAGAGUCCUCAGCAGAGUCUAUGACUGUCGUGAAAGCCCCUCGCACCCCCACCCCUGAACCACUGCCUCCUGCUGGCCCUACCGUGGAGGAAGAAACCUUGAAGGCUCUGAACCACUCAGCACUGGAGCUGGACAAGUCUUACCGCAGUCUGAAAGUCAUAGUCAAAGAUGGCUUCUCAGACCUGCAAGACUUAACCAAAAAGGCCAUCUCAGCCCUGGGACAGAUCAGUGAGAUGGACAGCAGCAGUGGGAAUGAGGUGGAGGAACUGCGGGUCCUGUACAGGAAGGAGGCGCUACAGAGGAAACUACUCUACAAUCAGCUGCAAGAACUGCGCGGGAACAUCCGUGUGUUCUGUCGCUGUCGGCGAGAUGACAGGGUCGGAGGUUACAUGCAGUUCCCCAAUGACGAGGACAUUGUUGUUCCGACGGGUGGAAGCAAGAAGACCUUCAGCUUUGACAAAGUCUUCUCUCCGGCCUCCACUCAAGAACAGGUGUUUGAGGACACUUUACCCAUCGUCCAGUCCUGUGUGGAUGGGUACAAUGUGUGUAUUCUGGCUUAUGGACAAACUGGCUCAGGGAAAACCUUCACAAUGAUGGGUCCACCAGAUUACCCAGGGGUGAACAUCAGGACAAUUAAGGAGCUCUUAAGAAUAUGCAAUGACAAGGAGACAGUUGACUACACUUUAAAGAUUUCCAUGGUUGAAGUGUACAAUGAAACCCUGUCAGAUCUACUGAAGGAAGGGUCUAUAGGCAAUGCUACUCUUGACAUCAGAACCAUGGGUAAGAAACAGGUGAUCACAGGCCUGACAGCCAUAGAGGUGAAGACUGAAAGGGACAUCACAGAUACCAUGGAGACAGGCUUCAAAAACAGGACAACUGCCUUCACCAAAAUGAAUGCUGAAAGUUCGAGAUCCCACCUGCUGCUGAUGUUAACUGUGGAGGGUCAUGACAAGAUCUCCAGUACCACAUCCUUCGGCACCCUGAUGCUAGUGGACCUGGCUGGGUCAGAGAGGAUCUCUAAAACUGAAGCCACAGGACAGAGACUGGUGGAGGCUGCAGCCAUUAAUAAGUCACUCACAGCACUCGGACAGGUGUUCCAGUCCUUGAGAACCAACGCCCUACAUGUGCCUUACAGGAACUCCAAACUCACUCACCUGCUCCAACCUGCACUGGGUGGGGAUGCCAAGGCCUGUCUGUUUGUGAUGGUGAGCCCAGAUGAGAAAAAUGUGUCGGAGUCCAUCAGUACCCUCACCUUUGGCUCCAGCGCCAGACAGGUGUCGCUGGGCAAGGCCGAGAGGAACGUCACCAAAGGUGGCAAGAAGAAAUGAUCACUGCCGUCCAUACAUAAAGAUAAACUUUUAGAGUGUGAAGAGUAUAAACCGUAA